CUGCCGCUUCUCUUCACAGUUCACCCUUCCAACUUCUCUUCUUUGUAGCCAAAAAGAAAAUAUGAGCCGAAUUAAAGAAACUUUAUCCAACAUUUCUGAUUCUGCCAAACACAUUUCCUUCACCAAGAAACACAAGAAAAUUUUCUUGGCACUAUUUGCAUCUUUAGUCAUUGUUGCUGCUAUAAUCGGCAUUGUUGCUGGAGUGAGCUCACGGAAUAACUCCGAUGAGUCCGAUACUUCCCAUCAUGCCAUUGUGAAAUCAGCUUGUAGUGGUACGUUCUACCCUGAUUUAUGUUUCUCGGCUGUUACUACCGUCCCUGCUGGUACUGCCAAAAAGGUGAGGAGCCAAAAGGAUGUUAUCGAAUUGUCUCUUAACAUCACCACCACUGCUGUCGAACACAAUUACUUCAAGAUUAAGAAGCUGUUGGCUCGAAAGGACUUGACGACGCGUGAAAAGACGGCUCUCCAUGAUUGUUUGGAGACUAUUGACGAGACCCUCGACGAGCUCCACGAAGCUGUUGAGGAUCUUCAUGAGUACCCCAACAAGAAAUCUUUGACCCAGCACGCGGAUGACCUCAAGACCCUGAUGAGUGCCGCAAUGACCAACCAGGAAACUUGCUUGGACGGGUUUUCUCACGAGGGUGCCGACAAGAAAAUCCGUGAGGUCCUGAUCGAUGGCGAGAAGUACGUCGAAAAGAUGUGCAGUAAUGCGCUUGCCAUGAUCAAGAACAUGACGGACACUGAUAUAGCAAACGAGAUGAUGCUCAAGUCAUCGAACAGGAAGCUGAAGGAGGACGAAAGCGGCAUUGCCUGGCCAGAGUGGUUGUCCGCUGGCGACAGGCGCCUGCUUCAGUCUUCUUCGGUGACCCCUAACGUAGUUGUGGCGGCCGAUGGUAGCGGGAACUUCAAAACGCUGUCGGAAGCGGUGGCCAAAGCACCGGAGAAAAGCAGCAAAAGGUAUAUUAUAAGAAUCAAAGCAGGCGUCUACAGAGAAAACGUGGAAGUCCCAAAGAAGAAGAGCAACAUAAUGUUCAUCGGAGACGGGAGAACUAAAACAAUCAUCACCGGCAGCAGGAAUGUGGUCGACGGAAGCACCACUUUCCACUCUGCCACAGUUGCUGUGGUUGGUGAAAAGUUCCUUGCCCGAGAUAUAACCUUCCAAAACACAGCAGGCCCCUCCAAGCAUCAAGCUGUUGCCCUCCGUGUUGGCUCUGAUCUCUCAGCAUUCUACAAUUGUGACAUGCUAGCAUACCAAGACACUCUCUACGUCCACUCCAAUCGUCAAUUUUACGUUAACUGCCUCGUAGCAGGAACAGUUGACUUCAUCUUCGGAAAUGCCGCAGCCGUGUUCCAAAACUGCGACAUCCAUGCUCGGAAACCAAACUCAGGGCAGAAAAACAUGGUGACAGCCCAAGGCAGGACCGACCCUAACCAAAACACAGGCAUUGUGAUCCAGAAAUGUAGGAUAGGUGCCACUUCUGAUUUACAGCCUGUUCGUAAAAACUUCCCAACAUAUCUUGGCAGGCCCUGGAAGGAGUACUCGAGGACUGUGGUAAUGCAAUCAACAAUCAGUGACGUGAUUCAACCUGCUGGUUGGCACGAGUGGAGCGGGAGUUUCGCCCUGAAAACACUGUUUUAUGCCGAGUACCAGAACACCGGGGCUGGUGCCUCAACUUCUGCGAGAGUGAAAUGGGGAGGGUACAAGGUGAUCACUAGUGCAAGUGAAGCUCAGGCUUUUACUCCUGGCAGGUUCAUUGCUGGAGGAAGUUGGUUAAGCUCUACAGGCUUUCCUUUCGCUCUUGGGUUGUAAUAAUUUUAAAGAUUGUAUUGUCAAUGUAGCCACCUGCCGACUUCAUUGUUUGGUUUGAGAUUUGCUUUGCGGCCAUGUAUCUGUUAAAUUAUUACUAAAUUAAUAGUAAUAAGCGAAUGCCAAGGUUUUCUUCAAA